UCCUCUCUAGAAACAUCGAUAGGCAGCGUUAAUAAUAACAAAUUAUUGUCAGACGAAAUAAGACAAAAUGAUUGAGGCGCGCACGCUGCAGGACGAGUCGAAAUACCAGGAGACGACAAAGGAGGUCUCGCUGAAGGUGCUCAGCGGCGCGUACCGGUUGCUCCGGCGGAAACAGGGCAGCACCGUGUGGAAGGUUUACCGGGAAAUAGUGCGCUCCGACGGGGCCAUCAUCAAUGGCCUCUACUUCUGCACCGGCUGCAAGCGUGUGAUGCGAUCCUUCAACACCUCAAAUCUUCGCACCCACAAAUGUCAUGUGGAUUUCCUGCGGCAGACUCUGAGUCCCAAUGCCGGGACGUUCUCGGAUGUGGCGUCUUCAGUGCAAGAGGUAUGCAUGGGCACAUGGGCCACUUCCUCGCCAGAUGAACUCAACUACAGGGGCACCUUUCAGAAUGCAAGUCCUCCGGCGCGGCGUCGAAACGGUAACUAUCCCCAGCCGGCGGAGUGGUCCUUCCACGCCACCGAACUGCUCCUUCAGUUUUGGGCACAAAAUGUCGCCGAUCUGCGGGAUAGUAAAAAGCGGGUCAGGGUUAUCUGGAAAAUAACUGGCGAAAUGAAGACCCUGGGGUUCACUUUCACGGAAAUUAAAAACAAAUUGGAUGAUAUUGCCCAACAAUACCGGCGAGAAGUCCACAUGGAAAAAACGACCGGAAAACCAUCACAGUGGGAGUUUUUCGAGACCAUCAAGCGGAUAAUCGAUUCCGACAUUAAGCCCGUGGAAAACAAGCCUAGGGGAUCGGAUAAACCCGGAAAUGGAACUAUCAUGAUAACCAUAAGUAAGCUUGAUGGCUCUUCAAAGGAUAAAAAAGUGGAAAACAGGCCUAAGAGAUCAGAUAACUCUGGAAAUGGAUCCAUCAAGUUAAACGCUCAUAACAAAUAUUCGGAAUAUCAUAAUACAUCUUUGAAGGAUAAAAAGUACUUUAUGGAGCUAAACGAUGAGCCAACGGAACCGGACGAUGAUUACUUAUGCAAUGACCUGGAACAAUCACAGGAGGACGUGGAUGAACUAAGCGAACUAAAGGACAACAUUAUAAGGGAAAUAGAGGAAUCCUCUACUGUACAUUCCCAGGAGAACUAUGAAGAAGAGCUCGAUCAACAGAAUUCGACGAUCAAAGAAAUGAAAAGAGCUAAGCGUAAAAGAUCAGCUAGAAUGAUGGAAAUACAGGAGGAAAAGCUGGUAAUAGAGAGGAAAAAAUGUAAACUAAUGAAGUUUUUUGUGAACGAGAUGUCAGCAUUUCGGAACAGCUUGUAUGGACUUCUUAAUGAUUCCAAAGAAGACUCCAAAUCAUGAGUACUUAUCUGACGUUAUAUUGAUCAGCUACACAAUACAUUUUUUAAUGUCUUUAAAUACAUGUUAAAUUAAUCAUAACAUUUGAUUACUUUCAAAAUCAUUUCUCGAAAAUAAUUUGAGUUUUGAAAUUUGUAACAUCAGAAUAUAAGCUUAUUACAUUUGGUAGAAAUUGAUAAGAAUUUAUUUCACAACGUGCUCAAGAAUUAUGUAUUGUGGCAAUCGCAUCAUGUAUUAAUUUAAGACCAAUUUGAUUUAUGCGAAUAAUAUACCUCAGAAUUUGUUUAAAAUAAAA